GUUUACCUCUUCGAUACUUUGCUCGUUAUAUCUCGUAGUGUGGACAAACUUCGACAAUGUUCGAAUUUAGGCGCUUUUGAUAAAUAUAUAUAUAUAUAUAUAUAUAAAUAAUCGCUUAAAUCGAAUUUCAUCGAGAAUAGUGUUUUAAUUCUUUAUUAUUUAAUUUUCUUUUGUUAUAUUCGGUAUUGAAAAGUAAGAUUAAAAACUGUCAAACUUUUAUAUAAGAACGAUUAUAUAAAUGAAAAGGAAUUUCUUUAAAAUUAUAAUUAAAACUAUAUAAUAACAAUGUAAAUGAAAUUGUUGAAUUUUUUUAGUUAUUACGGUACGCUUAUUACGGUGGAAAAUUAGUUUUGUUUAAUUUCAAUAAGAAAAAUUGAAAGAAGAUGUGGUUACUAUAAUAAUCAACGUAUUCACGGAUUUUAUAGAUUCUCAACUUUUUACACUGAUUCAAUAGUGCAUCGUUAAGGAUAAAGAACCAUCACUUUCAAAGAGUCUGUAAAAGAUAGAGAAAUAAAAUUGAAAUACUUUUCAAGACUCGAAAAGGAAGUCCUUCGGACUUCUCUCUGAAGUAUAAACAUGAGAAAUUUCAACGAUUGAAGAAAACCGUUAACCGAAGCACACAAAGAAGAAGGAAGCGGAUUUAAAAUAAUCAUGACGGAUUUUAACACAUCGUCGAACUACUACGUUUGCGAUUUAUCAUCCUUUUACUCGUAUUAUUCGCAUUUGCAUGGAUGGAUCUCCCUUUUCGUCUGUAUUUUCGGCUCGAUCGCCAACAUUUUGAACAUUCUCGUUCUUACUCGACGAGAAAUGCGAUCACCGACCAAUAUAAUUUUAAUGGGAUUGGCCGUAGCAGAUCUGCUCGUAAUGAUCGAUUACAUACCUUAUGCGUUUCACUUUUAUCUGUAUCGUCGAUCAAGAAGGGACACGUUCACGUACGGAUGGACGAUCUUCGUGCUGUUCCACUCGAACUUUUCUCAGGUUUGUCAUACGAUUUCGAUCUGUUUAACUUUGAUAUUGGCCGUGUGGAGAUAUGUGGCUGUGGCAAAACCACAACAAAACAGAGAAUGGUGUAGUUACAGAAGAACUAUUUUUGCUAUUUUAAUCGCCUAUAUUUUCUGCCCCAUACUUUGUAUACCACUGUAUAUUACAACAGAAGUAAGAAAACAAGUUGAACUUCUCGACUCCAAUGGAAUGACUGUACAUAAUCCAAAUAAAAGUUUAAUUGGAAAUAUGACGAAUACGACGCUUUAUUUCGUCCGAUUAACAGAAACAGCGGAAAAUCAUGAUAUCAUAAAGGAACUAAAUUUCUGGAUCUAUAGUGUUGUGAUAAAACUUUUUCCUUGCCUCGUGCUUACGAUUGUGAGCUUAAAACUUUUGCAAGUUCUAUUGGAGGCAAAACGAAGAAGACGGAAAUUGACUAACAUUCAAGAACAAAAUUUUGAGAAAAAAAAGAGUUGUCGAAGAGCAGAUAAGGAACGACAGACUGAUAGAACUACUAUGAUGUUGCUCGCAGUUUUACUACUUUUUUUAUUGACCGAACUACCACAGGGAAUUCUGGGUCUUUUUAGCGUGCUCCUUGGCCCAAGAUUUUUCAAAGCUUGUUAUUUGAUGUUAGGUGAUGUUAUUGAUAUGUUAACACUUGUAAAUUCAGCCAUAAACUUCAUUUUAUAUUGUACAAUGAGUAGACAAUUCAGGAAAACGUUUAACGAACUAUUCUGCAAACAUUGGAAUAUUUCCAAGAAUAAUGGAAAACAAAUUUGUAUACAAAAUAAUGGAAAUACAGGAGUAUUUGAACGAAAAUACCACUGCCAAAAUGGAGCUGAUGAAUAAUAUUAUUAUUAUAUAAUAUGCAGUGAUGUUUUACUAUAGAAAAAAAUAAGUACAUAUCCAGUAUUCCUAAAUUCAUCAAAAUUUACUUACGUAUUUGUUUAAUUCCUUUGAGAACAUCAAAAACUGAUUUUAACGAAGAAUUUAUACUUUCAUCUCUAAAAAUCUAGAAAGGUAUUUAAAUAUAUAUUUAACAUUGAAUAAAUUUUUGUUUAAAGUUAAGUUAAUAUAUCUUAACUGCGAAUUGUAAUUCAAGUGUUUGUUACUGCUGUUAAAAAUAUAACAGUAAUGAUAUAUCGUGAUAUUGAUUAUGUCAAUAAUGUUCUUUAAUCUUUAUAAAUUGUAUAAAUUGUAAAUAUUCAUUCAUAUUUUUACGUAAAUACAUGUAAGU